AUGAGUCAAGUCAAGGAGACUAGUGAAGAAGAUACAACAGAACUUCCAGCUGAUUUGGAGGAACAUGGUCCCUCUAUCACAUCAACUGAAGCUGACAAUAGAGUUGUUGAUGUUGCUUUAUAUGGAUUAAAGCAUGGCCCUCGUGUGUGGUAUGAAAGAUUGUCCAGGUUCCUUCUGGAGAAUGGCUUCACUAGAGGGAAAAUUGACAACACUCUUUUUCUGAAAAAAACGAGAGAGGAACCUGUUGAUGACAUCAUCUUAGGUGCAACAAAUGAUACUUUGUGUGAGGAGUUUGCAAAGCUUAUGGGAAAGCUUCUGAAAAGAUUUGAGAUGGAAAUCUCAAAAACCAUUGAUACUCUCAUUGCUACUGCCACUCAUCUAGACAUGGACGAACCUGGUUCCCCUGUAAAUGAAACUAUAUAUCAUGGUAUCAUUGGAUCACUCUUGUACCCAGCAGCCAACAGACCUGACAUUGUGUUAAGUGUUGGAUUAUGUGCUAGAUUCCAGUCAAGUCCUAAAUAA